AUGUUUCCUUCAUUAUCUGUGACACAAGAAAGUUCCGAAGUUAUGAAAUUUGUGGUGGAGCAUUUAACUGCCUUAGAAGAAAGUUUAGACAAGUAUUUUCCCGAUUUGGAUAUUUCCGAGUAUGAUUGGAUAAAUGACCCAUUUGAUAAAAAUAUAAGUUUAACUGAAUUCAGCCUCGAAGAAGAAGAAGAGCUCGCUGAAAUACGAAACAAUCGAACUCUUUUAUCAAAAUAUAAAAAUGUUCCAGGUAGUGAAUUUUGGAUUCAUGUUGAAAAAAGUCACGAUAAAAUUGGUAAAAGAGCUCUACAAAUAUUAUUGCAGUUUUCGACUUCAUAUUUAUGUGAACAAGGAUUUUCCACUCUUGUUAACAUAAAAACAAAUAAACGAAUGAAAAUGGAGUUCAUUGUAGAAGAAAUGAGAGUAUGUCUUUCAACUAUUCGAUCACAAAUAAAAGAUUUGUGUAAAAAAUAA